CCGGCGGGGCGUUUGGUUUCGGUUUGGCCCUGCCUGGAGUUAAUAUUGACGGCCGAAAUGGGAGUCCCCAAGUUUUACCGAUGGAUCUCGGAGCGAUAUCCCUGCCUCAGCGAAGUGGUGAAGGAGCAUCAGAUUCCUGAAUUUGAUAACUUAUACCUGGAUAUGAAUGGAAUUAUACAUCAGUGUUCCCAUCCUAAUGAUGAUGAUGUUCACUUCAGAAUUUCAGAUGAUAAAAUCUUCACUGAUAUUUUUCACUACUUGGAAGUGUUGUUCCGCAUUAUUAAGCCCAGGAAAGUAUUCUUCAUGGCUGUUGAUGGUGUGGCUCCUCGAGCAAAGAUGAACCAACAGCGUGGGAGGCGUUUUAGGUCAGCAAAGGAGGCUGAAGACAAAAUUAAAAAGGCAAUAGAAAAAGGAGAAACUCUUCCUGCAGAGGCCAGAUUUGAUUCCAACUGCAUUACACCAGGGACUGAAUUCAUGGCCAGGUUACAUGAACAUCUGAAGUACUUUGUAAAUAUGAAAAUUUCUACAGACAAAUCGUGGCAAGGAGUUACCAUCUACUUCUCAGGCCAUGAGACUCCUGGCGAAGGAGAGCAUAAAAUCAUGGAGUUUAUCAGAUCCGAGAAGGCAAAGCCAGAUCAUGAUCCAAACACCAGGCACUGUCUUUAUGGCUUAGAUGCUGACUUGAUUAUGCUUGGAUUAACAAGUCAUGAGGCACAUUUCUCUCUUUUAAGAGAAGAAGUUCGAUUUGGUGGCAAAAAGACUCAAAGGGUAUGCGCACCAGAAGAAACCACAUUUCACCUCCUACACUUGUCUUUAAUGAGAGAGUAUAUUGACUAUGAGUUUUCAGCAUUAAAAGACAAGAUCACAUUUAAAUAUGAUAUUGAAAGGAUAAUAGAUGAUUGGAUUUUGAUGGGAUUUCUUGUUGGCAAUGAUUUUAUCCCUCAUCUACCUCAUUUACAUAUUAAUCAUGAUGCACUGCCUCUUCUUUAUGGAACAUAUAUUACCAUCCUGCCAGAACUUGGGGGUUAUAUUAAUGAAAGUGGGCAUCUCAACUUACCUCGAUUUGAGAAAUACCUUGUGAAACUAUCAGAUUUUGAUCGAGAACACUUCAGUGAAGUUUUUGUGGACCUCAAGUGGUUUGAAAGCAAAGUUGGUAACAAGUACCUCAAUGAAGCAGCAGGUGUUGCAGCAGAAGAAGCCAAGAACUUCAAGGAAAAGAAAAAAUCAAAGGGCCAGGAAAAUUCCAUAUGUUGGGCUGCUUUAGACAAAAAUGGAGAAGAAGUGGUAACUUCUAAGGAUAAUUUAGAAGAAGAGAUGGAAGAUGAUGACCUAUUUGAAACCGAGUUUAGGCAAUAUAAAAGAACAUAUUACAUGACAAAGAUGGGAGUUGACGUAGUUUCUGAUGACUUUCUGGCUGAUCAAGCUGCAUGUUAUGUUCAGGCGAUACAGUGGAUUUUGCACUAUUACUAUCAUGGCGUUCAGUCCUGGAGCUGGUUUUAUCCGUACCAUUAUGCACCUUUCCUGUCUGAUAUCCGCAACAUCAGUACACUCAAAAUCCAUUUUGAACUGGGAAAACCUUUUAAGCCAUUUGAACAGCUGCUUGCUGUACUUCCAGCAGCUAGCAAAAAUUUACUCCCUGCAUGCUACCAGCAUUUGAUGACCAGUGACGACUCGCCAAUUAUAGAAUAUUAUCCACCUGAUUUUAAAACUGACCUAAAUGGGAAACAACAGGAAUGGGAAGCUGUGGUACUAAUACCUUUUAUUGAUGAGAAGCGAUUGUUAGAAGCCAUGGAGACAUGUAACCACUCCCUCAAAAAAGAAGAGAGAAAAAGAAAUCAACAUAGUGAGUGCCUAAUGUGCUGGUUUGACAGCAACACAGAGUUCACCUACCCCUCUCCAUGGCCAGAAAAGUUUCCUCCCGUAGAGCGAUGCUGUGCAAGGUAUAAAAUAAUAUCAUUAGAUGCUUGGCGUAUAGAUAUAAGCAAGAACAAAAUAACCAAGGUUGACCAGAAGGCAUUAUAUUUCUGUGGAUUUCCUACUUUGAAACACAUCAAACACAAAUUUUUUUUGAAGAAAAGUGGGGUUCAAGUAUUCCAGCAAAGCAGUCGUGGAGAAAACAUGAUGUUGGAAAUCUUAGUGAAUGCUGAGUCAGAUGAGCUUAGUGUAGAAAAUAUAGCUUCGUCAGUGCUUGGGAAGUCUGUCUUUGUUAAUUGGCCUCAUCUUGAAGAAGCUAGAGUUGUCGGUGUAUCAGAUGGAGAAACUAAGUUUUACUUGGAAGAACCUCCAGGAACACAGAAGCUUUAUUUGGGAAGAACUGCACCACCAUCUAAAGUGGUCCAUCUCGGAGACAAAGAACAAUGUAAUUGGACAAAAGAAGUACAAGGAAUUUCAGAAUACUACCUGAGAAGAAAAGGAAUAAUAAUAAAUGAAACAUCUGCAGUUGUAUAUGGUCAGUUACUCACAGGUCGUAAAUAUCAAAUAAAUCAAAAUGGAGAAGUCCGUCUAGAGAAACAGUGGUCAAAACAAGUUCUUCCAUUUGUUUAUCAAACCAUUGUCAAAGACAUCCGAGCUUUUGAUUCCCGUUUCUCCAGUAUAAAAACAUUGGAUGACUUGUUUCCUCCUAGAAGUAUGGUCUUUAUGCUGGGAACACCCUACUAUGGAUGUGCUGGAGAGGUUCAGGAUUCAGGGGAUGUGAUUACAGAAGGCAGAAUUCGUGUGGUUUUCAGCAUUCCAUGUGAACCCAAUCUUGAUGCUUUAAUACAGAACCAGCAUAAAUAUUCUAUAAAGUACAACCCAGGAUAUGUGUUGGCCAGUCGCCUUGGAGUGAGUGGAUACCUUGUUUCAAGGUUUACAGGAAGUAUUUUUAUUGGAAGAGGAUCUAGGAGAAACCCUCAUGGAGACCAUAAAGCAAAUGUGGGUUUGAAUCUCAAAUUCAACAAAAAAAAUGAGGAGGUACCUGGAUAUACUAAGAAAGUUGGAAACGAAUGGAUGUAUUCAUCUGCAGCAGAACAGCUUCUUGCAGAGUACUUGGAGAGAGCUCCAGAACUAUUCAGUUAUAUAGCCAAAAAUAGCCAAGAGGAUGUGUUCUAUGAAGAUGACAUUUGGCCUGGAGAAAAUGAGAAUGGUGCUGAGAAAGUUCAAGAAAUUAUUACUUGGCUAAAGGGACAUCCUGUCAGUACUUUGUCUCGGUCUUCUUGCGAUUUACAAAUUCUGGAUGCAGCUAUUGUAGAGAAAAUUGAAGAAGAAAUUGAAAAGUGCAAGCAAAGAAAGAAUAAUAAGAAAGUUCGAGUGACAGUGAAGCCCCAUUUGCUAUACAGACCUUUGGAACAGCAACAUGGGGUUAUUCCUGAUCGGGAUGCAGAAUUUCGUCUCUUUGACCGUGUUGUAAAUGUGAGAGAGAACUUUUCCGUUCCAGUUGGCCUUCGGGGCACCAUCAUAGGAAUUAAAGGGGCUAAUAGAGAAGCUGAUGUACUAUUUGAAGUAUUAUUUGAUGAAGAAUUUCCUGGAGGCUUAACAAUAAGGUGCUCACCUGGUAGAGGUUAUCGACUGCCAACAAGUGCCUUGGUGAACCUUUCUCAUGGGAGUCGCUCUGAAACUGGAAAUCAGAAGUUGACAGCCAUUGUGAAACCACAGCCAGCUGUGAAUCACUAUAGCUCAAAUUCAUCAGUUUCAUCUGGGCAUUUGCGAGGCCUGAACCAUUCUCCUCAAUCACUUUUUGUUCCUACUCAAGUACCUGCUAGAGAUGAUGAUGAAUUUUGUAACAUUUGGCAGUCCUUACAAGGAUCCGGAAAGGUUCAACACUUUCAGCCACUGCUACAAGAGAAGGGUGCAGUUCUACCUCAAGAAAUAAGUCAAGUAACUCAACAUCAUAAAACUGGCUUUAAUGACAACAGCGUUAAGCAGAGAAAACAUGAGCCUCACAGAAAAUUUAAAGAAGAGUGUAAGAGUCCUAAAACUGAGAGUCGGUCACAAAAAAUGUUAAAUAGGCAGACAUUUGGAGGGCCUGCCAAAUGUAAUAUUAAGCUACUGAAGAGAAAUGAAGGUUCAGAAGUCUCAGAAAAUCAAAAAGUUGUGACUGGUCAUCCAAGUGCUGUUGAUAAGCCUAAUCCCGGAAUUGAGAACUUCUUAGCAUCCUUGAAUAUCUCCAAAGAAAAUGAAAUACAGUCAUCUCAUCAUGAAGAGCCUCCAAGUGAAGAACAUUUGUCACCACAGUCAUUUGCUAUGCAGAAGGGAACUCGGAUGCUUAAAGAAAUUCUAAAAAUUGACAGCUCUGACAGUAUGGACCGUAAGAAUGAAAUGAAACAGUUUGGUAAUGAAGUCACUGUUUCCUCUAGUAGAAGAGAUGAAUAUGGAUCUUCCUCACAACCUAAACAAAAUAAGAAAUUGACAUCUUUUAUGAACAAGCCUCACAGUGCUAGUGAGUACCAUAAUGUUCAGUCUAUGGACAGUGUUUGCUGGCCUACUGGCCAGAUUCCUCCUGUGUCUACACCAGUAACUGAACUUUCUCGAAUUUGUUCCCUUGUUGGAAUGCCACAACCAGAUUUCUCCUUUCUGAGAACACCACAGACAAUGACAGUUUGCCAGGUAAAAUUAUCUAAUGGCUUACUGGUACAUGGGCCACAGUGCCAUUCUGAAAAUGAAGCCAAGGAAAAAGCUGCACUUUUUGCUAUACAACAAUUGGGCUCCUUAGGAGUGAAUUUCCCUUUGCCUCCACGAAUAUUUCCAAGUUAUCCUCCAGCUGUACCACCUGGAACCAUUCCUCCAGUUUUUCCCCAACCUACUGGCUGGGAUCACUAUGGAAGCAACUUAGCAUUGGGGGCAGCUAAUAUCAUGCCUUCAUCAUCUCAUCUCUUUGGCUCAGUGCCAUGGGGACCACCAAUGCCAGUUCCUGGGAAGCCCUUCCAUCAUACACCGUAUGCUGGGACCAUGCCCAUGGCUGGGGGAAUGCCAGCUGGUGUGCACAAUCAGUUCAUACCUCUACAGGUAACUAAAAAAAGAGUUGCAAACAAAAAGAACUUUGAGAAUAAGGAGGCCCAGAGUUAUCAAGUCACCCCGCUUCACACUAGCCAGUCAGCAUCUUCUGAUGUCACCAAAGGAAUUCCACAGGAGACUUCAUCAGCUUCCUUACCAUCCUCUCAGAUCCCUCAACCUGCAUCUUCUUUCCAAGUUGCAGCUGCCUCCCCAGGCCAUAGUAUGCCUCACCAGAAGUCGGCACCAAGCUCUUCAAGAAGAAAAUCAAGAAAACUGGCUGUCAAUUUUGGCGUUUCUAAACCUUCUGAAUAAAUUUGGUACUUGGAAUUAAAUUUCUUUCCUUUCCUCCCACCUUUUUAUAAAUCCAUAUCUGUGUCUCACGAGAAAUUGCAAUGUACUAUUUUAAAACAAUAUAUUUCAAUUAAAUUUUUUAAUUUUCUAGUUGUCAGGCACUUUCAUGCUAUUUAAAAGACUGUAAAUCAAACUGUGCAUCUUAAGUAUGUGCAAUUUGUUUUACAUCAAUUAUACCUCAAUAAAGGUGUAAAAAAAGAAAACUAAAACCUUGUGUUAAAAUACUAUCAGUGGACGGAGCAUUCACAUGUACCACUCUAACCAUUGGCCUUGUCAUUAAAAGCAUCUUGAACUAUGAAUUAGACAUGGUACUGCAAUAAUAAUAAACAUUUUUUUUACACUAUCAUUGAGGGAUAAUUAAAUGGAGCAUGAAAAUUGGGCCUCAAGUAUAAUUUACUGAAUGUAGAUUUUAUUUCUCUUUUUAAUGAUGUAAUAGAAUUGUCAGAAGAGUGGCGCUUAUUUAUAGGCAUUUUAACUUACGUUCUGUUAUCUCUGAGGGUCCUUUAGACCUGUUGUGACGUGAUCACGUUGUGGGGUGCUGCCAGUUUUGCUUUAUUCUCCGUUUUGUACCAAAGCAAUUUCAGAAUUUUGAUCAGAAUAUUUCAUUUAACUGCUUAGAACUAUACAUAGUGAUCUAGAUUUGAGGAAAUAAUUACGAUUUUUUAGAUUAUUCAAGAACCAGCAUUAGUUAACCUCUAAUAAAAAAUUAAGUUUCAAAAUCUACAGGGUAUAAUGAUUACAAAUUAAUCUUCUGAUAGAAGUACAAAAUAUUAAUCAUGUCAUUAAUUAAAGUGUUUUAUCCUUUUGUUUAGCUUUUUACUUGCUCACUUAAGCAUACAUGACAGCUCCGUUGUUGGUCCAUGUGUAUUGUUUCCUGGGACGAUGAAAUUCUAAGUUUUUAGGCAUUAUUCUAAAUAAUAUGCAUUAUUUACAUGACAAAUGCCUGUCCUCAUUCUCUUUCGAUACUUUUAGCUUUAUGCUGGACUGUGCAGUGACUCUGGCAUUUUGUCUGUACAUGUCAUAUGUGGGUGUGUGUUAUUCAGUCUGUGGCUGUUGAAAUUAUAUCAGAAUUUAUGAAAAUUUCUCAGCGGUACCAGGGCCUGGAUUUAUAUACAUACAUAUAUAUAUAUAUUUAUGCUUUAGUUUUUGUGAUAUGCUUAUAUUUUUAAGGAAGUAAGUUAUCAUACUUUUUAAAAAGUAUUUUAAAAGUAGGAACCACAAUCUUUGUAUGGAGCUGCUUAUUAUUAUAUCUAGUUUCAUUUGGCUCAUUGAAAACUCUGCCAUGAGUCUUAGUCUAUUUGUUUUUUAAAAUGCUAGUAUUGAGUUAAAUGGGUUUCUUUCUCUAACUGCUAAAUGUUAGAGUUUCUCUAAGUGUUAAUAGGAUAUUUGUAUAUUAGUAGUGCCUUUAGUAUGAGAUAAGUGUUCAUUAUUUGUCAUUUAUGAUAGUCAUGUGAGUUUCUGUGAUUUUGUUUUCUGUUAAUUUUCCUAGAUUUAGAUGUUCAUUGGUUCCCAACAUUUUGUUUUUGGGAAUACAUGUUUCACUGUAGGAGGAUCUGAAGUAAUGAGGCUCAAGUAAUUCUCAGAGUUUGUCCUUUUUGCCUCACAAAGUUGUUUUUUUUAAGGAAAUGUCUUUUAUGGAAACACAAAAAAGUUGAAUUGUGACAAUAAGAUUAUGUUAACCUCUACUACUUUAAAGUGUAUGAUAUUUUCCAUCUUAUGUAACUGUACAAACUCCAGCAUUGAAGAAUUGCCUCACUCACCAUUCCUCUGUGACCCCCCCUAUACAAACAGUGUACAGCCCACAUCUUUAUUAAAGCACCGAAGGAGCACAUGCCAUCUUCCAAAAACUUCAAGAGAAACUUUGAUAAGCAUAGCACCACUGAACCCACAUAAGGAGGUUUUCUCAGUAGUCAAACAAAGCAAACUGACAAUUCUAGAUGGAUAGGCAAUAAAAGUGUUUUCUUUUCAUUCUUCUCCUAAAGCAACUCAAGACUAAAGAGAGAUUAAAAUGGGAGAGAAAUCCAUAAUGACUAGAUGGUGUCAUGCAUUCAUCUAUAUUUUCUUCCCUUGUACACCUAUUCCAGAGGUGGGCCUGAGAGCAAUAGAUGCGCCCUCUCUGGAGAGGAUGUAAAAAGCAGAGACUGUUUGUAUCUCAUGACAGUCUUGAGGAAUCUAGAUCCACUGAAAGAUUUGGGAAACUUAACAAUUUUCCCUUUGUGGAUGGCACAGACUCAGACUACCCCAAAAUUUAGAAAUAUGCUUAUUCAACUGUUGAAUCUGUUGUGGACUUUGUGUGGAAACCCUGGACUGUGUAAGGCACAGAAGGGCAGGUUCCCCAGAAUGCUUCAUGUUUCCACAUCACAAGAGCAGUUAAAUCUAUUUAAACUUUCCUCUCCUUACUAAAACAUUAUUUCUAGAUAAGCUUGUUCAAUAAAGUUUUCUCUUUUUUUUGUUUUUGAGCAGAUUAAGUGAAUUGUGAAGUUUGGUCCUUUCAGUCCUUUUCACCAUUUCCCAUACAUUACCUGAGUCUUAUAAUUUUACAGAUAGACUGUAUUAAUUGAUUUAAACAUCAUGCAGGCUCAUUUGUAAACGUCUGAGACUCAGUUGCCUGAAAAAUUAAUUUCACCUCUCUAUGUACUUUGGUUUCAAUUUAAGACUUUCCUUGCUGUUCAGAGGGGUAAGUAGUUCUUUUAGAACUGAAAAACAAAAGUUUGAUCUUUUUUUUCCUAUUGGUGGGAGAGAUGAAGAACUCUUGGUGCAGGUUUUCUUGUUUAUUUCCUUUUUCAUGAUCAGGUACUUGCUUUGGUUUUAAACUGAUAUUUUUCAAACUAAUCUGGAUUUGGGAGGAGGGACAGAUAGGGAGCCAGUUGGAAGGAGACCAGUUAAAUAAGACCUGUCCCUCACUGCAUUUUCAGACUAUACUCUUUCUAGCUCAAGGACAUAGAUGAAUUGCAGUGAUUUGUUUACUCACUUUCAAAUCAUCUGUUCUGUUUGUAUUAGUAAAUCAUACAUUAUCAUAGUGAUUGUCUAGUUUAAAUUAGCGAGAAUUGUCCCCCUCUCCACUAAAGUUCAUUCUAAUAUACUUCAUCUCAUUGUCCAGAGCCUCUUUUUUUUAAAGCCACUAUGUACAAUUUCCCAGCUUUUUGAGCUUGCUAUAUUUCUUAGUACCAUCUUGCUUCCAAAUUGUGUUUUUACUGGGGAGGGGAAUUCAUUUAUUGGAGAGAAAUAACAGACAUUCUCUACCUCUGAAAAAAAAAAAUCAAUCAUUUUUCUAGAGAGUGACAGAACUUAAACUGACAUUGUUCUUUCUGUACACCUUAUAAGCUUUGUCAGUGAAGCAGUCUUUUUUGCAGGAGCUUCCUUUCCUAGUUGGGAUAAUGCUUAAAAAUCCUAGAAAUGAAUAUGUUUCAGACAGAGCUGGCUCAUAUUUCCCUCAGAUUGUUCCAUCUUCCGCCAGGGAGCAGUAAGAGACCAUGACAAUCAGAACGAGGACAGGCUGGAGUUUCACUGACUUAUCUCCAACACCACUGAUGCGUCUUUUAGAGAGAGGAAAACACAGACAGUAGUCUUCAGAGUUAAGAAUAUCAGAAAUCCAUAGCUGCUUUUGUGUUUCUUUGUGUGUUUCAGUGAACCAACAAUAAUGCCUUGCUCAAUCAAUGCAUUCAGCCAUCUCAAGUGCAAUUCGUGAUGGAGACUCUGGUUUCCAGUAGAUAAAGUUUUACAUAUUUAAACCUAUAAAAAUUAAUUUUUUUCCAACAAUACACCUAUUGCUGUUAUUUCAGCAGUUGAUGUACUAGUAAAUUGCCCAGGCCAAAUAAUUAAAUGCCUGUAGAUGUUUUAGUAAUUGGAGCCAAAUCUUCAUACUGUUUUCUCAUGAAGUAAUAGGAGUGAAUUUUUUGUUUGUUUUGGAACUUAGGGGCUCUUUUGGCCCUAAGUCUUAUAUUUUCUUUUGCCUGCAUCCAAUUGCUUCUUUGAGUGUUUGCAUCUAUUUUGAUAUAUGAGUAAUAGUGUACUGUAUCAUCAACAAGUUCAACAUUUUUUUCAUUUAAACAAUGUAAGUAAGUAUAAUUCAUACAUAUAGAUCUUAAUUCUUUUUUUUUCCUCACAUAAGUAUUUUAUAAGUAACUGGAAUUUUUCAUUAGAUCUUAUACAGAGCAGUAUUUUAUUAAAAAUUCAAAAGGGAAGACUUUUAUGUGCUCAUUUUGUAGCUUUUCUUUUUUAAAUAUCUAUACAUCGUCUGCAAUUAAAGUGUUUUCAACUUGCAUUGGAAUGGACUCCAAAUGUAUUUUUGUGUUAAACUGUACAUUUGUAGAUUUUUGGCAUGAAGUUAGCCUCAAAAUGUUGUGUAAAAGGAUUCUAAAAUAUGAGUCACUGAAAGAGUUUAAACAUCUAUACAUGUUAAAUGCUAUAUGGAUUUUAAUUAAACAUUUGAGAAUGAU